GAGAGGGAACGUUAAGAAGCGAGCAAUGUAAUUGACAAGGCUGCAAUAGUGAAAUAAACACGCUCUUUUGACGCAUCGAUCUCGCUUCAGAUUCAAUUUCAGCACCAUCACCUAAUCACCCUGGGAAAUUAUGUUCCGAUCGGUGCAUAUCCAACCGGCAAGAUGAUGAUUUUACCAAGCAGGAGGUUAGAGAGUGUAGCCGAUUCUGUAGUCUUGAUGAUCAUCGUGGUUACCACUUCUAUUGGAACGGUUUUCGCCAAGGAUACGGCUUUUGUGGAAGUAGUGCUGUUUGAGUCCAGUCCAAAUGGAGAUUAUACUACAUACACGACAGGGUUGCAAGGACGAUUCUCAAAGGCAGGAGCCACUAUCAGCGCGGAGGGCGAGAUUGUACAAAUGCAUCCACUGGGACUGUGUAACAACAAUGAUGAGGACGACCACUACGAGUAUGGCUGGGUGGGUGUGGUAAAGCUGGAGAAGCCUGAACUGGACCCCAGCUGUCUCACUGUCCUGGGAAAGGCGAAGCGAGCAGUUCAGAGAGGGGCGACGGCUGUCAUUUUUGACGUGUCUGAAAACUCUGAUGCCAUUGAUCAGCUAAACAAGUUAGCAGAGGACCCUCUGAAGAGGCCUGUGGUUUAUGUGAAGGGGGCCGAUGCUGUUAAGCUGAUGAACAUAGUCAACAAGCAGAAAGUGGCCCGCGCCAGGAUCCAGCACAGACCACCGAGGCAGCCUACAGAGUACUUUGACAUGGGAAUCUUCCUGGCCUUCUUCGUAGUGGUGUCUCUGGUCUGCCUCGUGCUGCUCAUCAAGAUCAAACUAAAACAGAGAAGAAGCCAGAGUUCUAUGAAUAGGAUGGCCAUCCAGGCCCUGGAGAAGAUGGAGACCAGGAAGUUCAAGGCCAAGAUCAAGGGUCAGCGUGAGAGCAGCUACGGAGCAUCAGAUUCACUGAGCAGUAGCUCCACCUCUGACUGUGCCAUCUGUCUGGAGAAGUACAUAGAAGGAGAGGAGCUGCGGGUCAUCCCCUGUGCCCACAGGUUCCAUAAGAAGUGUGUGGACCCUUGGCUCCUCCAACACCACACCUGUCCUCACUGUAGACACAACAUCAUCGAGCAAAGGAAGGGGAACCUCGGCGCUGUCUGCAUGGACCCAGUCUACAGCCGGCAGCAGAGGGUAGUCCUGCCUGUCCACUACCCUGGAAGGGUGCACCGGUCUGGGCAGGUGACUGCCUACCCCACCCGCACCUCCAUGGACCCCCAUGGUAACCCCAUCACAGUGCUGACAGUGGACCAGCACUCAGACCCCCAGGGCCUGUACCCUCACCAAUCUGCCCACUCCGGGGCCUUCCUCCGGGACUACCACCCCCACCCAACCCUGCACCUGGACCACUCUCUCAACCCCCAUCACUGUGAGCUGCAGCACCAGCACCUGGGCCUCAAACCCCCCGCCUACCCCCAGUACCAGCACCUGGGCCUCAACCCCCCCGCCUACCCCCAGUACCAGCAGCCAGGUCCCCGCCACGGCGCCUUCAAGAGGCCUAAGUUCCACGGACGCAGCUUCUCGCGGGCCGCCUGCUACUCGCAGUACGAGACCAUGUACCAACACUACUACCUCCAGGGCCUGACCUUCCCCCAGCAGGGUGAGGGGACCCAGGGGGCAGCAGGCGUAGGAGGGGUGACUGGGAGCGCCGGGCCCCACAAGGGCCACCACAGCAUGGCUUUCCAGGGGGGGCUGCUCUACCCCACGGUGGUCCACAUGGCCGCCAGCUCCAGGAUGGCUGAGGCAGGGAGCGGCGCCUCGGGGCCGGGCUGUUACCAUGGCCACCGCUCGGUGUGCAGUGGUUACCUGGCCGACUGCCCAGGAAGCGACAGCAGCAGCAGCUCUGGCCACUGCCACUGUUCCUCCAGUGACUCUAUGCUGGACUGUACAGAGAUCAGUAACCAGGGGGUAUACGGCUCCUGUUCCACUUUCCGCAGCUCCCUGAGCUCUGACUACGACCCCUAUGUCUACCGCAGUAAGAGCCCCUGUAGGGGGUCGCAAGGGGAGCCAGGGGCCACAUCUGCAGGGGCCUCCACCGCCUGCCCCUCCACAGCCGAGGACUCCCUAACCCCAGCUCCCUCGGGGGGACACAAUGGCGACAGCUUGCAGCCACAGCCUCUUCCUGGAACCUCAGGGUUCAGUGUGGGGGACCAGCUUUCCAGCUGCAGCAGCCGCUCGUCACUAGAACAACCCAGGGACACCAGCAGCACUAGCACUACCUCAGCCAGGCCUCCAGAGGGAGCCACAGUGGACAUGGGGAAGGGAAGGCAGACAGGGGAGGAGACGAGGGGGGAGCAUGGCCUGGGAAGAGCAGGGGCGUGCAGCUGCUGUUUCGAGGUGCUCCCUCCCAACAUGGAGUGCAAAGGUCAGCAGGGAUAUCAGAGGCAGGACUCAGACUGGGUGGGGCCUAUGGCCUCCCCAGGACGUGGCUGUCACAGGGGGGCAGAGCAGAACUUUUACCACCCUGGGGAGCACCUGUUGGCUCCGUCGGAGCAGGUGAGCUAUGAGGGCUUGCCCUAUUGCUUCUACAAGGAGAUGAAGGUUCACCGGGCCACAGGGGGGCGCUAUAAUGAGGACUAUGCCGUGAAUGUGCAGUAUGCGCACCACGCUGCAGACUCGGAUGCCUGCUGUGGUGGGCUCAGCCAGAGAAUACCCAUAAUCCACCAGGGCACAGACUAUGAGCUGGGCUUGGGGACGGAGACUCUGUAUCAGAGCAGCCUGCUGCUAGGCAGCCUCACCUUGGGGCAGGGGGGCGAGGGGCGGACUGGUGGGCGGGUGGAGCCUGGUGAGGGAGGGUACUUCACCUCAGGACAGUUCAGCGGUCAAGCGAACCCCACCCAGGAAGAAGAGACCAGGUUCCUGUUCCACCCCCUGAACUACACUACCCACGAUGCAUCUGGAAACAGUAAAGCUACAGACAAGGGUCUGGGGGUAUGAGGGGGUGUGGAGCCCAGAAACAGGGACUCAAACAAACAUCCUGUUUGGUACCUAACCGGUCGGUCAGUCAAGAAAACCUCAGUUGCCUUGCUUUUUUAAGCCUCUCGCUCGCUGAACUCUGAAUGUUAUCAUCCUAGAUGGUGAUGGUGUAGAUUUCUACUGAAAUUAUAUGAUGGCCUGCCUGGCGUAUCCAGACAUAACCAGUUCAUUCCUGUGGUCAUCAGCAGCUCAGCAUAAGCCCAGCUCAACCAGCAUGACACGUGGCCACGCCUCCCCAGCGGAGUCUACAGGCUCAGAAAGAUAGAGAAUCAAGCUACAACAUAUGGGUGGAAGUUCACGGUGGUUGGAUGUAACAGUGGAUGGCUUGGCAAGGCCAGAAAUCAACACGUAGGCUGGCCCAGCCCUCACAGUACCAUGGGUUCCAGACAGGGUCAGUCCGGAUCCUGAGACCCAUUUGGAGAGAAACAAACUGUGUUAGCAGGGCCCAGUUUGUGAGAUUUUUCUUCUUCUGAUCUAGUAAGUUGUUCUUCACCUCUGGACUCUGGUCUGUGCAAGUUGUUUGAGGAUACAUGUCCUUUGUUUUAUAAUCACACACAUACCUGUGUGUACAUGCAUAUGUACUUUAUGUAUGUGUUUACUGCUCUUAUGACAAGACGUUGCAUAUACAGCUUGGACAACAAGCGUCAACAAACCACCAAACUCAGAUGAAAGGUUAUGGAAGAGUACCAAAACAUCAACUCAUUUUCUUUUUACGGGGUUGGGUGGAGGGGCGGGGUCCUUGCCAGUUGGAGGGGAGGCAGUUCGUCACAGUCACACACUCUUUCAUUGAGCUAAGCUAUGCUAACUAGACUACAGUUCUCUCUUGGGAUACUCAAUGGGGUGCAAUAUUCUAGAACAAUGCAGAUAGAAUGUUGACUCAGUUCUCUGUUCUACAUAAUAGAGAGUCUGUUCUAAAUAGAAUACAUGUCUAUCUGCGAUGUUCAGAACAUUGCGCCUUCUAGAACAUACACCAGACCAAGCCUUAGGCCACUGAGCCAUCCUCACCAUCUUGGGCUGUGUCACCUUUUGACUAAAUAAAGGUCCACGUAGUGACAGGGUUUCUCUGCGUUCGUAGAACGACAUUUGUAUAUCUUCAAAGGAUUGGAUUUAUAUCAAGUUUAGUCACUGCUUGUACGUUAGAAGCUCUUGUUUUUGUUUUUUUGCAGUCACUCAUCUAGCCUCCUCCUCAACACUUAAGCUAUAAUAUACGGCUAUAAUAUACACUUCUAAUAUGGUUCUAUAAAGCUGUUGUGUGUCAAAAAAGGGCCAAAGGAAAAAAUAUAAUGAUUCACAAGGGAUCCUUUUUAUACUGUGGCUGUGGGUGACACUGAGCAGUUACACAGAAAGCAGCAUGUCUGAUUGUUUUAUUUGAUUAAAUCAUACAGCCCACAUCAUGCUCUCAAACAAUAUCAACGUUGUUCAUUCAUGCCUUCUUUCUGUUGGUUUUACAGACUGUUUUUACUGUUUCUAUGAAAUGUACCCUUUGUCUUCAGAGGCAAUCGUUUUGAAAUAGCAAUAUUUAUAUGUAAACCAGAGCUGUAAUCAAUGAAAGAUAUUGAGAAUCUAAUCUUUCCUUUGCAUAAAGAUAUGUACUACAAAUAUAACAUUUUGGGUUACCCCAAGUCACUAUUUAAUUGUUUUGUUUUAUUAUUUGUAGCACUUAAGAAGAUUGUAUUAAAAGAAAAUGUGUACACAAAAUUCAUAUUUUAUAUUUUUAUUAUUUUCUCCAUCAUUAUCAUUUUACAAAUGUUUAAAAAAGGCUAGAAAUCAACCUGUAUAUUUCUGUAUCUGUAUUGCAGCAUAUUUCAUAAAUGGAAAUAUGUUCUCUGAAUAUUUAUUUACUAAUAUAUUUAUCUUCAAGCCAUGUCUUAUGUUGAGUGUAUGAACGUUUUUGAGUUAUUUGGUUGCUGUUUGUGAUAAAUCGUUAAAUACAUGGUAAUUGCACACAAAAUUAUUCAAUAUUCUCUGACCAAAAAUGUAUUUAAAAAAUGUAUUUCCAUACAGUUGUGUAAUUAAAGUGUUCAAAGAUCUGUAAAAUAUACAGUUUUAUU